UCUCGGAUGCUGACGCUCCUUUCCGGUCUUGGUGGCUGCUGAAAGGUUUUCGGGAUGAAGGUGCUGGUCUUUGUGGCGUUGGCGCUGUUGGCUGUCACUCGAGCAGAGGAGGGGGCCAGGCUUUUGGCCUCCAAAUCACUGUUGAACAGAUAUGCUGUGGAGGGCCGAGACCUGACGCUGCAGUACAACAUCUAUAAUGUCGGCUCAAGUGCUGCGUUGGACGUAGAAUUAUCGGAUGAUUCCUUCCCCCCAGAAGACUUUGGCAUUGUCUCUGGAAUGCUGAAUGUCAAAUGGGACCGGAUUGCCCCUGCUAGCAACGUCUCCCACACCGUGGUCCUGCGCCCUCUGAAGGCUGGCUACUUCAAUUUCACCUCAGCAACCAUCACGUACCUUGCCCAGGAGGAAGGACCUGUUGUGAUUGGCUUUACCAGUGCCCCCGGGCAGGGAGGCAUCCUGGCCCAGCGAGAGUUUGACCGGAGAUUCUCACCGCACUUUCUGGACUGGGCAGCCUUUGGGGUCAUGACCCUUCCCUCCAUCGGCAUCCCCCUGCUGCUGUGGUACUCCAGCAAGAGGAAAUACGACACCCCCAAGACCAAGAAGAACUGAGAGGGGCUUCCACACCCCUCUUCCCAAGAAAUCCAGGUGCUUUCCAGACUCCAGAUGCAAGGUCUCCUCCCUCAGCCGUGGGCCACCUCCUCCUGGCUCCCUUGGCUGGCUCUCACCCAGAGGGAAGGAGCAGGCCUGGGGACUGAGCGCCACUGGUUCCAUCCUGAAGCCAUUCAACAGGAAUGCCAUUGGCAACACCCUUGACCCCAGAGGUCCUGGGAGAGGCUGUGAGAUGGACUGGUUGGCAAGGUGAACUCUCAGGGGCCCAGGAGGGAGCCCUUCAGAAACUGCCUGACACCCACUGGCCGGCCCCUCAGCCCUUCACCCCCUCUCGGAGGGGGGUGGGAUGAAAUGAAAGCUACGGGACUGGGUUAGGGAAGCAACUACCAAAUGGGGUUUUCUAAUAAAAAAAAAAAACAGAUGCCA